ACAUGGAGGAUACCUUAGGAGUACUUAUCUCACGUUUUACCGAAAAAUCUAAUUUAUAAAUUAUUAAAAAUAUUGUAACAAAAUAUUGAACAUCAGAAAUAAAAACUAGGUUAAAUUCCUUGCCAGAUGUUGGAAUUGCUGCCAUUAAGUUAGUUUCUACACACGACAGCAACUCAACUGAGACUACGGCACCCACGACAACAAAAACAAAUUCCAUAAUGUCUAGUUCAUUAUCGUCGCUAAACAACUGGGUGACCUUGAAUGUUGGUGGAAAAUACUUCACAACUACGAGAAUGACACUAGUUGCCAGUAACCCUGACAGCAUGCUGGCCAGGAUGUUUGAUGGAGAUUCCAGUUGGAGUCACACAACGGACAACAAUGGCGCCAUCUUGAUUGACAGAAGUCCCCACUACUUUGAACCAAUCCUCAACUACCUUCGAACAGGAGAGUUGUUCAUCAACAGUGGGAUCGAUUACAAAGGCGUCCUUUCAGAAGCCAGGUUCUUUGGUGUUGUUGGUGUCGUUGACAUCUUAACAAAGAGACUUGAAAAUGAAAAUUUAGAGGAGAAGUUCACAGAGCAGCCUUUUACCAGGAGAGAGUUCCUGAAGAUGAUUAUUGGCACGCCUUCAAGUUGGGAGCUGAGAUGUCAGGGAAUCAAUUUGGAAGGUUGUGACUUAUCCAAACUCGAUCUACGCCACAUAAACUUCAAGUACGCCAAUUUGAAGAAAGCUGAUCUGAGCAUGACUAAUCUAUCCAAUUGUAAUUUUGAGAGAGCGGAUAUGACAGGUGUGAAGAUGGACCAGGCCACGGUGCUGGCCGUUCGGAUGCUCUGUGUCAAUUUGGAGUCUGCAUCCAUGAAGGGCUGCAACUUCGAAGAUCCCGCUGGCAGCCACACGAGUAUGGAGGGAGCAAAUAUGAAAGGAGUGAAUCUGGAGGGAAGUAGGAUGGCUGGGAUCAAUUUAAGAGUAGCCAACCUAAAGAACGCCAACCUGCAGAACUGUGAUUUGAGGGGUGCUGUUUUAGCCGGGACCGAUCUUGAAAAUUGUAAUCUUAGUGGUUGUGACUUGCAGGAGGCCAAUUUGAGAGGAGCCAACCUAAAGGGAGCCACGUUCGAACUCAUGUUGAAUCCCUUGCACAUGUCACAAGCUGUUAGAUGAUGAUUGGUCCAGAAAAGUUAAAGAUCUAUAAAUAUAUUCACUCUGUGAUAUUUUUUAAAGUUAUGCGAAUGUGUACUUCGUUGCUAUAAAAUGAAUUGAGUUAUGUUGCAAUUAAUUUGCCUGUACAUAUUUACUUUCGGAAUUGUUACAUUCUAUAUUCUUGUUUUUUCAACGAGUUAGUCACAGUUUCAUAAACUUAAAAGCUUGGAUAUAAAGUUAUAAAGUCACGAGCGUAAUUUAAUUAAUUUAAAAUAUUUAUUCUUGUCCACAAACACGGUCAAGCUAUGGAUUUUGCUAUAAACGAUCAUUUGCUUCCAUAUUUUGUCUGUUUUCAUUUGGAAUGUUGUCACUUGAAUUUCUCUAAAGCAUUGAUACCUUUUCUUUUAUUUAACAAUUCUGCACCAUGACGAUGAUCAAAUUUAUUUUUUGUUGACAUUUUGCCAUUCAAAUGAAAUUUUUGAUCUCAUGCUUUGUGACUUUUUCAAAUAACAACCAUUAUGCCGACUUUGUU